AUGACCAACGACGUUGACCGACAAACUACGGUGGAGCAAGUGGAUAUAAAUGAAAUUAUUAAACAAAAUACGCCGAGACUUCCAAUAUCGAAGGUCAAACGUAUAGCUAGAAUGGAUCCGGAGUAUCUAAUGACUGCAAAUUCUGCAAUUACGGCUACCGCCUUUGCUACAGAACUCUUCAUACAAGCAUUAACAGAAGAUGCAAUUAUGAUGAAUCAUUUCAGUAGUAACGGUAAAAAUAAACAACCUAGAUUAAGUUAUAAUGAUUUGGUCAGUUCUGCUACCAAGAAGGAAACCUUCCAAUUUUUAGAAGAUGUAAUUCCAAAGAUAAAGAAAGUCAGUACAACUACAAAUAAGAAACCUGUCAAUCAGAAUACAACCAACUCUGAUAGUAGGAAAUUGAAUAAGAAUCAGCCUACUCUUCCCUUCAUGAAUAAUCCAAAUAGGGCCACUGAAGAAGGAAAGGAUGAAGAUGUUGACAUGAAUAGUGAGCAGAACGAAUCCUUAGAACAAGAGGAACAGGGCAAUGAUGGUGAUGAAAAUGAUGACGAAUAUGAUGACGACGAAGAAGGGGAAGAGCUAAACCUAGAGGUACAGGAACAACUUCAGGAAAUCGAGCGAAUGAACAGAGUGGAAGAUCUCAACGAUGAUGCACAAGUUCCUGAUAAUAGAUCCAGUUUGAAAUUGCAUAGGAACAUGGAAGAAAAUGGAGAUAACUUGCCUAGCGGUGACUCUGACGACUUUUCAGAGUAA